UAUUUGUUGGACAUGAAGUGCAUCAGUGGUUAAUAAGCAUAAACAAUAAUUUAUUCCUGUUUAGUGAUUUUAAUAGAAAGAGUGUCUUGUAAGCAUGAGUUCAAGAAGCAAAAGGAUUCUGGGUCUGCUGAAAAACGAAGGAAGUAGUAUUAAACUACCUGAAAAUUCUGAUGGUAAGUUAUCCUAACCUCAAAAUAAAAUUAAUAAUUGAGCAAAAAAUAAUAAUUGCAGUAGAAAUAGCUUGUAGCACCUGAAAAUGGGAUUAUUAAAGGUAUAGUGCCAUUUUAAUUUUACUAUUUUUAACACCAACUUGACUUUUAGAGACCCGAAAUAGCGAAAUUCCGGUAGAAGAAAUUAGUUAUACAGUAGCCGAUUUUGAGUAUCUUGACACAGUCAACAUAAAUGAAAAUAUGCCCAGUGGUGAAGGAAAUGGAAAAUAUAGUGAGUCUGAAAAAGGCCCAUCCUGUAUAAAUGAAAACUUGCCCAGUGGUGACGGAAAUGAAAAAUAUCUCAGUGAGGCUGAAGAAGGUCUAUCCUGUAUAAAUGAAAACUUGCCCAGUGGUAACGGAAAUGAAAAAUAUCACAGUGAGGCCGAAGAUGGCCCAUCCUGCAGGUCUAAAUUAACUAUUUAUACAAGCGAUAAGAGGGAACAAAUGAUAGGCCUUACUAAUAUUAUGGAAGACGAAACAGAAUUGCAAGAGUCAGAUGAUGAUAGUUUAUUAGAUCCAAAUUAUGAAAGUGACAACGAUUUUUCACAUCACUCGAGUGACAGCACUGCAAGUCAAAGGAAUGAAAAUAAUAAUAAGAAGAGUAGAAAGCGGAAACGACAAGAAAAAAAAUGGAAAAUCAAUGAACAACACAUGAAAGUAGUUUCUGGUUUAGAACAUAAAUCAAAAAAGAAGGUGAUCUCUAAAAAAACCAUAGGUCCGCCUUGUAAUAUUUCUUGCCGCCUUAAAUGCAGUGAAAAAGUUUGCCACGAGGAGAGAUUAAACAUUCAUGCCAGGUUUUGGGAUGGUACUAAAGACAUAAACCAAAAGAGACAGUUCGUCGCAUCCCAUGUAAAAGUUGUCCCAAUAUUAAGAAAGAGGCGUAGGACCGGAGCUAGAAAUGAUGCUAGAAGUCAUACCAGAAAUUAUUAUUUUGAAAUGAAUGAUUUGACCGUUCGUGUAUGCCGGACGUUUUUUCAUAAUACUUUAAAUAUUUCUCAAACUUUUAUAACCACUGCUUUAAACAAAAAAGAGCCCGGCGGUAUCAUUGCUGCAGAUGGGAGAGGUAAACAUGACCAACACGCCAAAACGCCUGAAUUCGUUAAGCAACAUGUUCGUGAGCACAUAGAGAAGUUUCCAGUUGAGGAAUCGCACUAUUCUCGAGAAAGAUCUGCUAGAAAAUUUUUGGGAAGUCAUUUAAGCAUCGCAAAAAUGUACAGAAUGUAUCAAGCAGAGUGUGAGGAAAUUAAUGUAGAGCAGCCUCAUAUCGCCAAAGAAUGGUUAUAUGCUGAAAUUUUUAAUACGGAAUUUAACCUCUCCUUCAAAUACCCAGAUAAUGACACUUGCGAUCAAUGUGAUCAUUUUUUAAUAAAAUUGCGUGAGGAACCUAGUAUAGUAGAAAAGGAAACUUUGCAGAAGGAAUAUGAUUUACAUUUAGAAGAAGCUUCAAAGAGGUAUAAGUUGAAGAAAGAAGAUAAACAAAAAUAUUUGGAAGAUAAAUUCAAAAAGCAUAAUGGUUUGUGUUGA